GUGAUAAAGUUUCCUAAAUAGGACGUACACUGUCACUUCUGGCUGUCCAAUCAAACGCAGUCUUGUCUGUGACAAGUGGAGAAACGAGAUUUAGCUUUCAUUCAGCACGACAAUUUGAACACGAUGACAUCUCCAAAGUUUGUCUUCUAUCUGACAUGUAUGUUCUUGGGGAAAAUGGCUCAGAUGACGGAUCUGAAAUCCUCCCCAUCUGCUAAUCAAGAGAGAGGUUUUGUAUCCGCUAAAACUGGCGAAAACUUGACUUUGCAAUGUUCCUAUGAGAGUAAUAUUGCUGCAAGGCUUUACUGGUAUAAACAGACUCUGGGACAGAAACCAAGGCUCCUCUCUACCUUCUACAAAUAUGAAAAAAAUGCAAAAUUUCAUGAUGAAUUCAAGAACAAUCCACGCUUCACAUUGGAUACUGAAAACAGUAACAAUCACUUGAAGAUAACAGAACUGCAAAUUUCGGACUCAGCUACUUACUACUGCGCAAAAAGCCAUUCAUACAAGUUUGAAUUCAUGGAGGGCAUUGAAGUCAGUGUACAGGGUUCAGGUCUAAACGUCCCAGCUUUGGUCCAGCAGUCAGCAUCUGAGACCGUCCAGCCAGAAGGCACUAAGACUCUGAACUGUACAGUACACACUGGGACCUGUGAUGGAGAACACAGUGUUUACUGGUUCAGAAACUCUGAAGAAUCUCAUCCAGGACUCAUCUACACCCAUGGAAGCAGGAAUGAUCAGUGUGAGAAGAAACCCAACACACAAACACACACCUGUGUCUACAACCUGCCAAUGAACAGCCUGAACCGGUCUCAUGCUGGGACCUACUACUGUGCUGUUGCCUCAUGUGGACACAUACUGUUUGGAAACGGGACCAAGCUGGACUUUGAAGAUCAGGUGGACUCUCCUGUCUUGGUGUAUUUCUUGAGUGGAGCUUUGGCAUUCACCACCAUCCUGGUUGUUUUACUGGUUUUCUUACUGUGCAUGAUGAAGAAGAGAAACAGCUGUAAAUGCGCAGAGUCUCAUGGAAGACUUUCAGCUCCCUCCACAACAAUACAGGGUGGCCAAAAUGAAGAAAACAUCCUUUACGCAACUGUAAGGGAACACCAGGUCAACAGAUCUACAACAAGAGACAACAGCGACCACAAUGAAUGCACGUACUCAAGUAUAAAGCUGUAGAAGUGUACAUGUUUUAUAUUUGUUUGUGUGUAACACAACUAAUAAAAGUUUAUAAUGCCUGGGCCAGACUGGGAACGUCAGCAGCGCGUGGUGGCUGCCUCACUGAACUGCUGCGUCUCUCACGUCAGCGUUUCUGCUGCUGCUGCGCUGCUACCACAAGCCCUUUUUUUCUAUAUAGAGUUUGCCUUUCAUAAUGGCCAUUUCAUUUAAUUAUACAGUAAAUGUCUUUCAUAUUAAAUUUUUGUACAUUUAUAUUUGUAAAUAAUCAGUCACUGCAUUUUCCACAGCACUCCUGCAAAUAUUUCAGAAUAAAAGCCAUUAACAAAUGAAAGAAUUGUGUCCACAGAACAUUUUUUAGAGGGCUUUUCUUUUUAAACGGAAGCAGGAAGUGUUUAGUUAAAAAAAAAAAAAUG